AUGGCUACAGGUGCCAGCGGGAUCCUCAGUGCCAGUAUGUGGCAGCAACAUGAACACCAUGCGCAAGCACUGGCAGACAGCACAGCUGGUCGCCAUAUCCCAGCCGUGCCGUACAGCGCCACAAAAGCGUACGCAGCACAGGAUGAGGUGGACAGAUCAUGCCAGAAGGUGCAGUUCCAGCAGAUAUUUGCAUCGCGCAAGGGCUCCCACUACAUACAGAUCCAGACUAAGGAGACUACUGAGCAUACCGGCACGCCAGACCAGAACAGAGCCAGCCAGGCCAUUGAUGAGCUGGAGCGAUUUUACCAGGAACAGCAACGGCAGACCAGCAAUGUCAUCCAGGCCGGGGAGCACGAUGAAGCCAACCCAUGGCUGCGGCGGACCAGAUGGCCGGUGUACUUGACCAACAUCGCACCCAAUGAUCUGGUUGCCCGUACCAGCCAGCGAGUCAUCACACGGCUGGGCCACUUCGUCCGCAUCGAGGCCAUCCGCACAGAGCGACACCAGACCCGGCACACCCCGUUGCAGGCAUACAUGGAUGAGGAGAGCAUCGCCGAGCACGUGAGGCCAUGGCAGCAGAUGUUGAUGUUUUUCGCCCGAACGCAGGUCGAGCAUGAAUGGACGAGCCCACAGUACCGGUUCACACCACGGCAGCGCAAGACAUGGAGGGUAUUAUGGCAGGUAGCCACCACAGAGGGAGCCGACCAGCGACACCCCAUCAGCCCAGACCCCAUGGAUGAGCAGAUGACUGAGGAAGAAGAAGAGGAGGAGGAGAAGGGACAGAGAGAUACGCAGUCAGAAGAAGAAGAUAAGUUCAAAUCAACCAAGAUCCAGAUGGCAUGUUUGGAUUUUUGCAUUGAGCUGCUGGACCAGCGGGUUCAGGUGGAGGAUUAUGAGUGCGCGCUG